AUGAAUAAUUUUACUAACAUUGAAGAUUUAUUUAACACAAUUCCUGUGACUAAAAUAUCAGUAGUUGGUAUUAAAAAUAAAUUAUUAAGCACAUCACCUUUAAAUUUAGAACCGAGAUAUGAUCGUGUAUUAAAUAGAUACAUAGACACCAAGCCAUUUAAAAUACUUGAUGCACCAGGGAUGUUAGAUGAUUAUUAUCUUAAUCUUUUAGAUUGGAGUGUUGGUGAUAUAUUAAGUAUAGGCUUGUCUUAUUCUGCUUAUACGUUUAAUUAUGUAAAAGGUGAUGUAAAUGAAAUUUAUACUAGUGAAGAUUUUAUAACUAGUAUAAAGUCUAAUAAUAAUAUUGUAUCUAUAGGAUUAAACACAGGUAAAAUGAUAUUUUAUGAUUUAGAAAUAGAUAAAAUAGUAUCUUAUAAGAGAUAUCAUAAUACUAGAAUAGGAUCACAGUCCUGGAAUAACAAUUUAUUAUGUAGUGGAGACAAAACAGGAAAAAUAGUUAUACAAGAUAUUAGAUCUAAUGAACAUGAAAUACUUCUAGGGCACAAACAGGAAGUGUGUGGAUUAGAAUGGAGUACAGAUAAUAAAUAUAUUGCUAGUGGAAGUAAUGAUAAUGAUAUUAGAAUAUGGUACAAUAAUCACACAUAUAAAAUUCUUAAGGAUCAUAAAUCAGCAGUAAAAGCACUUGCUUGGUGUCCAUGGAAAAAUGGUGUAUUAGCAUCAGGGGGAGGUACAAAAGAUAAAUGUAUAAAGUUAUGGGAUAUUUAUGAAGGUAAGAAAAUAAAUGAAACACAAGUUAAUUCACAGGUUUGUACUUUAAAUUACAUAAGUAAAUAUAAAGAACUUAUUAGUUCACAUGGAUAUGUAGAUAAUAACAUUAUAUUAUGGAAAGCAAGUACAAUGAAGGAAGUUAUUUCAUUUGGUAAACAUGAUAACAGAGUUUUACACACAGCACUUAAUCCAGAUAGCACUAUAUUAGCUAGUGCGGGAGGAGAUGAAAAUCUUAAAUUUUGGAAAAUAAGUGAUAAAACUAAAAAAGUAGUAAAAAGAGCAAGUAUAGGUGUAAGGUAA